AUGGAAACAGAAAAGUUAGAUCAAUCCUCACUGAUAUCCAACAUUUUGUCUGACAAACCAAUUGAGAGUCCUUGUAGUUCAAAAGAUCCCCACACACAGGACCCUAAUAUAGACGGAGGAUAUGCCUGGGUUAUUUGUUUUGCUUGCCUACUACUUAAUUUCAAUAUAUGGGGUGGUAAUAGCGGGUUUGCAAUAUAUUUUUCUGCAUACCUAUCACAAAACACAUUUGAAGGAGCUACAAAGAUGGAUUUUGCUUACAUUGGGGGUUUAGCAAUCGGGGUAGGUUUCUUAUUUGCACCAGUUAUUAAUGCAUUACUAGGUAUAAUUGGAUUUAGAGGUGUUUUAAUAAUAGGGAAUUGCUUACAAUUUACUUCGUUGAUGUUAGCAAGUUGGUCAACAAAAUUAUGGCAAUUGUAUUUAACCCAGGGAUUAAUGCAAAGUUUUGGUCUAGCUUUUCUUGCUGUUCCAACUAAUACAAUUAUACCACAAUAUUUCAAAAAGAAAAGAGUUUUAGCAGGAGGAAUUGCCACUGCUGGUUCUGGAUUGGGUGGGAUUGUUUACAAUUUGGCAAUGCAAAAAGUGGUUGAUACAAAAGAUGUGCAUUGGGCUCUUCGUGUCCAAAGUAUAAUGGAAUUUGGCAUGGUUUGGAUAUCAAUAUUAUUAGUUAAAAGUAAAGCCAAACAACAUAGUAUUCAAUUUAAUUUAUUUGAUAUCAAAGUCAUGAAAACAGCUCCAUUUUGGUUGUUGUGUUUUUUCAUGACAACCUGUAUGUUUGGUUAUGUUAUCGUAUUAUAUACAUUGGCCAAUUUUACUACAAGUCUAGGUUACUCAGGGAAACAAGGGUCGUAUGUCUCGGCUAUGGUUCAAGUUGGUUCAGCAAUUGGAAGACCAGCAGUUGGGUAUAUUUCUGAUAAAUAUGGAGGGGUUACUGUUUCUGCUGUUGCAUACUACCUAGUUGGUAUAUUUUCUUUGGCAAUGUGGAUUCCAGCAAGAAAUUUGGCUACCGUGAUUGUGUUUGCCAUUAUUAGUGGGUCCAUGAUGGGGUCUGUGUAUGGUAUGAUUUCACCAGCCAUUGCGAGAGCUUUUGGUAUUCAGAAGAUGAAUGUAGUUGCUUCCAAAAUUAACAUUUUGUUGGGAAUGUCAGCCCUAUUCUCACCAGUCAUUGGUAUGUCACUCACCAAAGGAAAAGCAGUUGGUGUUGAUCCUUCAAGAUACGUCUACUGUUCGGUUUUCACAGGUAUUUCUUUUAUUGUAUGUGCAACUGCUUUACUCAUUCUAAGAGGAUAUAUCAAAGCUAGAGACCACAUAAUGGAGAAACAUGGACAUAGUGAUUCAGAUUUAGCUGAUUAUACUGGAGUAACGGUUCCAUUUGCAAACGUUUUUGGUAACAUUUUUGCUAAAAGCAAUGAAAAAGUAUAG